AUGUUCUCUUCGGCGUUCAAGUCGAUCUCCUCUACCAACAUCACCGCAAACUAUUCCAUCUCCCAAAAUUCGACAUCCACCGCCGGGCCCUGGAAGAUUUACGACUGCAAGAAGAAGUCCACCGGCAAGGCCUACAGCGUUUUUGUCUUCGACAAGAAGUCCCUCGACAGCCAUGGCAACUCGCUGAGCCGCAGCAGUGCCAGCGCGUUCAAGCGCACGACCGAGGAGGUUGUCGAGCGUCUGAAGAAGGAGGCCUCGAGUCUUGCCAAACUACGACACCCGAGCGUGCUCGAGCUCGUCGAACCUGUGGAGGAGACGCGAAGUGGAGGCUUGCAGUUCGUGACCGAGGCUGUGACGGCGUCGCUCGCCAGUCUGCUGCAGGACAAGGAUGACCAGGAACGGUCAGGCGGGGUUGGUGGCCGCUCGAGCCGAUAUGUGACGGAGGAUUCGGAGGGCGUUCGGAGGCGGCGCGAGCUCGAAAUUGAUGAGCUUGAGAUCCAAAAGGGACUGCUGCAGAUCAGCAAGGCACUCGAGUUUCUGCACGACAAUGCUGGCUUGGUGCACGGAAACCUGACGCCUGACGCCAUCUUGAUCAACGCCAAGUCGGACUGGAAAAUCAGUGGUCUGUCGUUUUGCAGCCCUCAAGAGAACUCAAACAAGCCGACCUCUAUCCAGCCCAUCAGCUUGGGCGAGAUCCUGAACAUGGACCCCAGGUUACCUGGCUCCGUGCAGCUAAACCUCGACUACACCUCCCCCGAUUUCGUCCUCGACAAUAACCUCACAACAUCAGCCGAUAUGUUCUCUCUAGGCCUCCUGUGUGUUGCUCUCUACAACUCGCCCCACCGCUCUCCUCUCGAAGCCCAUGCUAGCGUCUCGACAUACAAAAGACUGUUCUCCUCCUCAUCGACGAUUCCGUCUUCAUCCAAUAAAUUCUUGGCAUCCAGAAACUUGCCAAAGGACCUGUCGGCUCACGUCUUGCCGCGCCUCAUCACUCGACGGCCGGCGCAGCGCAUGACGGCCAAGGAGUUCCAGGACAGCGAGUAUUUUGACAACAUACUGGUCUCCACGAUUCGCUUCCUCGAUGCUUUCCCCGCCAAGACGCCCAACGAAAAGGCACAGUUUAUGCGGGGCUUGAAUAAAGUCCUGCCGUCUUUCCCCAAGUCGGUCAUGGAGAAGAAGCUGCUGCCGGCGUUGCUCGAGGAGAUGAAAGACAAAGAGCUCAUCUCUUUGAUUCUUCAGAACAUCUUCAAAAUCAUCGAGUUGUUGCCGACGGCAAAGCGUGCUUUCAGCGAAAGUGUUCGGCCGAGGCUGAAGGAGAUUUUCGUGUCGACCGGCAAGAAAGAAGCAGAGCCGCCAAAAGAUCCAGCCAAGGAUGCCGGUCUCAUGGUCGUCCUCGAGAACAUGCCCGUCAUUUCGAGCAAUUGCGGCGGCAAGGAGUUCACCGACGAUAUAUUACCCAUCAUCAUGACAGCAAUUGAAUCAGGGACUCCGGCUGUUGUUGAUGCGGCUCUGAGAGGGCUGCCUGCCAUCCUCGCGGUGCUCGACUUCAGCACGAUCAAGAACGAACUCUUCCCGGUCAUUGCCAUGGUCUUCAGUAAAACGAACAGCCUGGCCAUUAAGGUGCGCGGUUGUCAGGCGUUCGUGGUGCUGUGCGGCGGGUCGAACGAUCCGUCGAACGACGGCCUGGGCGACUUCAGCGCCGAGAGAAAGAAGACGACGUCGUCCUCCAGCGCUCUGGACAAGUACACAAUGCAGGAGAAGAUUGUGCCCCUGAUCAAGUCAAUCAAAACCAAAGAGCCAGCGGUCAUGGUGGCGGCACUCAACGUACUACGUGUGGUGGGCGACACGGCAGACGCGGACUUUGUGGCCAUGGAGAUCCUGCCUAUCCUUUGGAACAUGAGCCUGGGCCCGCUGCUCAAUUUGAAGCAGUUUCAAGGCUUCAUGGAUCUCAUCAAAACCCUGUCGAGGCGCGUAGAGGACGAGCAGACCAAGAAGCUGCAGGAACUGAACGGCAACGCGAAUGGCAGCACCGUCGGAACAGAAGACUUCAUGGCCUUUGGCGGCGUGACGGGCACGACUUUUGACAGCAACACCAACGGUGCGUCGGAGAACGACUUUGAACAGCUCGUCAAGGGCAAAGUCACGAGCUCCACCUCGGGCGACUCGUUUGCGAGCUGGGACGAUGCCCCCGUGCCGUCGACCAUCACGACGUCAGCCCGUCCAUCGAUGGGGUCUCGAUCCAGCACACCCAAGGCUGCCGCCUUUUCGUGGUCGACACCCAGUCCGCCGCAAACGACGACUGCGCCUGGUCAGUUUAACGGCGUCAAGGCGCAAGCGCAACCGACGUUCCGCACUGUGACGCCGGACCUGAGUGGAUUCCAGUCGAUGACUCCUUCGACGACGCAGUUCUCUCAGCCGAUGCAACCCGCCCUGCAGCAGCAGCAACAACAGCAGCAGGGCGCCGCCGCAGCGUCAGUGAACUGGGCGUCGGCGGGCAAUUCGGCGACACAGUCCAACCCAUGGGCAUCGUCGCCGGCCCCCUCGUCGUCAGGCCUCGGGGCCAUGAGCGCUUCGAUGGGGAGUCUGUCCAUGGGUGGCGGCGCGAGGCCGGGCAUGGGGUCCUCACAAGGAUCAUUCUCACUUCCGCCGCCACCGGGUGGUGGCAGCGGCAUGAUGGGGUCGUCGGGAUUCAGUCUCGCGCCGCCGCCGAAGCAGCAGCAGGCUGCCCCGGUGAACCGGUCGGCGAGCGGCAUGGGUGGUAUGGGCAUGGGCGUGAUGGGCAUGGGCGUGAUGGGCAUGGGCGUGAUGGCUCAGCAGGGGGCGAACUCGAUGAACUCGAUGAACUCGCUGAACUCUAUGAAUGCAAUGGCAGCGAGGCCCGGCAUGGGCAUGGGCGUGGGUUCUGGAGCGAGCAUGAACAGCAUGAUGGGAACAGCUCAGCAGCAGCAUCAACAACAACAACAACAGCAAACACAGCAACAGCAGGCAAAGCCUGGGUUGGAUAAGUACCAGAGCCUGAUAUGA